UCCAAAUCCGGUAUUUAUCCAAAAAAAACAUCACAUAAACAAUAUCCCCAAAACUCUUCUUCCCAGAAAAAAGGAAAAUUAAAAACCCUAGAUUUUAAUUUCCAAAUGAUUUUUCAGAAGACCCAACUGUUAUCAUAUCAUCUGUUAUUUGUCAGCUUUAAUAAAAAGGUACUGACUUUGCACCAAACAAAAAUUAAAUGGCACUGAAUCAAUUUCCAAGCCUAAUAGGGUUAGGGUUUCCUCCAAAUUUGGAAUUUUAGCCCCAAAUUCUGGUACAAGAAUUUUUGUCCUUCUUUUUCCAGAUUUGCCCUUGCCCACAGUUUCUGGAUUUUGCUUAACUUGUCUCAGAUGAAAUUCAAGGCGGUUUGAACUUUGAGAGUGAUUGAAGUUUGAGCUGGAUUGAGCUCAGUGGGGAUUGCAGAAUCUUGGAUCAUCACGAUGCAAAAUCUUUGGUUUGUUGCAAGCCUACCUGGUUCGACUUAGUAGUGGGAUGCAAAGGAGCAGUAUUUCAUGAUAUUGUGGUUCAUAAGCCAGAAGAUAAGUGAUCAUCCUACUUCAUAAAGAUUGAUUCUUUCCACGUAGAUGAACAGAUUGGAAAAUUAUCGGUUUUAAUAUCACGGUAGUAUGGGGACAGAACUCAUGAGAGUUUGCAUAAAAGAUGAUAAAUAACGAGGAGUUUCCUUCAGUUCCACCCGGAUUUGAGUCAUUUGCACCUUUCAGCUUAAAAAGGAUAAAUGAAAGUGAGAAAAAAGAUAUUGAAAACAGAAUAAGUUGCUCAGUGACUGCUAGUCCUUCCAAUUCACAGUCAGUUCAGAUGGAAACUGACGUUGACAAUGGCGAGGUUGCAAAGAGGUCUGUUCGACGCAGACAAUGCAUAAACCAUGGGCGAAAUAACAAGUCAGAGGAUGAGUCUGAUUCAGACCGACUUGAACACCAGAAUUGUCCCCCAAGAUCUGUUCUUCCCAAGGGGGUUGUACGCGGAUGUCCACAAUGUAGUAAUUGCCAAAAGGUCUCUGCAAGAUGGCAUCCACUGGAGGGUCAAAGGCGGGACCUUCAGAACGCUCCUGUAUUCAGACCUACUGAGGAGGAGUUCAAAGACACGUUGAAAUAUAUAGCAAGCAUACGCGCUAAAGCCGAACCAUAUGGUAUUUGUCGCAUUGUUCCUCCCUCUUCUUGGAGACCUCCCUGUCCACUCAAGGAAAAACCUAUUUGGAGUGCCUCUAAAUUUUCUACUCGAGUUCAAAGAGUCGAUAAACUGCAAAAUCGAGAUUCAAUGAGAAAGGUUCCUAAAAGCCAUAGAGAACCACAACAACCUUCCCAACAAGGAAGAUUUCGGCCACAACCCCCUAGGAUGUAUCAAAGGCCAUACGCACCACCACAAUGGCAGCAAAAUCAAAGCAAAACAAUGCUCAAUCAAGCUAAGGAGGUGGAAGAGUUGAAGAAACAAAUGGGCCAAAUGGCAGAGUUCAUAGGGCAAUUCAAAGAGUAA